AUGUCCCGCUCCUUCACAGGCUGCAAAAGAUGUAAAGCCCGCCGUCAGAAAUGCGACGAGCAACGUCCCGCCUGCACCCGUUGCGCCACAGCCAACGUCCCCUGCCGCUACACCAUGCAGCUGCAAUGGGGAGGGCGGGCGUUUUCGCGCUCGCGGUUCGGCGCGUGUAUGGACAACGGAGGUAUGCAACGGCUGGAGUAUUCCCCGGGGGAGUUCAUCUAUACUACCGAGUCUGCCGCCACCGAGCAGUCGCUUUUCGCUGGGAAGCCCAACAGUGGCGCGACCUGGACCACCACCGCCGCCGCCAGCCCAAUACAAUCGCAAAGCCUAUCGCGAUCUAUCGACCCGUUCUCCAAUCUCUCCACAGACCAAAGGUCCCUCCUGCAUCACUUUCUUCGCGAUGCGUCGCAGAUCACAGCCUGUCACCCUAACAUGCGCCACGAGAUCUGUCAAAUGCUGGUCCCCCGCGCGCUACAGACCCCGUCUCUGCUAUACGCCACGCUAGCACUAUCAGCCAUCCACCUACAGGCGUUGCGCAGUCAAUCUGACAACGUCAAGUCCGCCCCGCACAUCGCCCGUCUGGUCGCAUUGAGUCUAGAGCAUUUUCGCACGGAGCUGCAGAUGACUCCCCAGGGUAAGGGAUCUUCUGAUGUCCUGCUCGCAACAGCCCGCACACUCUGUCUAGCGGAGAUACACUCCGGCGCUAUUCAUCCUCACUCGUGGCGCGCCCAUAUCGAGGGCGCCAGGGCGUUGAUGGUUGCGACUGAGACAUCGUCUGCAGAAGGAGAGGGAGAACAAGAGGGGGAAGGAGAGUUCCGUCGUUAUCUCGAUAGAUGGCAUCGGUCUAUUGUCUCGUUGACUGCGUUGACGGGUAAUGGGCCGCCUAUUGGGGAGGUGGAUGAUGUGGGUGAGUUGAUGACGGAGGAUAGUCCGGAUUAUCUAGAUGAUUAUUGGGGGUUUACGGUUCGGCUGGCUGCUGUUUUUAGGGGGAUUGGGGGGGUUGCGUGGCGUGCCCGACAAGGGGCUUUUUCGACGACUAAAGUGGGUGGUGGUGAUGUGGGCUGUGAGACUGGUAAAAUAGAAGAACAAGAUGCAGACCACGAUACAAAGCAACAUCCAGCCCGUGGUACAAAGCAAGCUGAAGAGCAAGAUACAGACCACGAUGCAAACCACGAUACACACCAAGGUCCAGACACAGCUACAGACACGCCUACAGACACACCUACAGACCCAACAAUCUUACACGAAACCAACACCCUCGAAUCCACCCUCCACAACCUAAUCUCCCAAACCACCACCUCCCCACCAACCUUCUACCCCGGCGUCGCCCCCCGCCUAUCAACAGAAUGCACCCACCAACUCACCCUCUGCAACACGGCCUUCCAACACAGCGCCCUCAUCCAAAUCCACCGCCGCCUCCACCGCACCCCCUCCUCCUCCUCAACCGUGCAAUCCUCCGUGCAACGCAUCCUAGCCUGCACAGCCGAGAUCGGCCCCGCCCCAGGCCUCAGCCCGUGGGUUCUGCUUACGACGCCGCUGUUCAUUGCGGGGUGUGAGGCGCGUGGGAAAGAUAGGGAGUGUGUACGACGACUAUUGCAGCAGCUGUAUGAGACUAUUCGCGUGCCGAAUGUGGUGCAGGCGUUGCGGUUUUUGGAGAUGUAUUGGGCGGGGAGGAGGGUGGAUGAGGACGAGGGGUGGAAUGAGUUUUUGGACCGCAUGAAUAUAGACUUCAUCCCUUAUUAA